GUGGCGUUGCCAUGGCGGCGUCUCUGGCGCAGGUGCUGGCCCUGGUGCUGGUGGCCGCUCUGUGGGGUGGCACGCAGCCGCUGCUGAAGCGGGCUUCCUCCGGCCUGCAGCAGGUCCACGAGCGGACGUGGGCCCGGCAGCUGCUGCAGGAGAUGAAGACCCUUUUCUUGAACGUUGAGUACCUGAUGCCCUUUCUACUCAACCAGUGUGGCUCCCUUCUCUACUACUUCACUUUGGCAUCAACAGACCUGACUCUAGCUGUCCCCAUCUGUAACUCUUUGGCCAUCAUCUUCACACUGAUUGUUGGGAAAGUCCUUGGAGAAGAUAUUGGUGGUAAACGUAAGUCAGGCUGCUACCCGGCAGUUGCUGGCGUGCUGCUCACCAUGACAGGAAUUACACUGUGCAUCACAAGCUCAGUGACCAAGACCCAGAGGCAACCAUCUACCUUUUGAGUGAGCCAACCCCCACCUCCAGCUCUGCUGUGUUCAGGAAGCUCCUGGACCUGGAGGUUCAGGCAGUGAGCAGAUGGAUCAGCACUUGCCUCUCUGUAUGUCAGCUUCCUCAUCUCUAUGGGGAUAAUGUUGGCCUUGUGAAUCGCAAUAAGAGAACAUCAAUGAACAAGUUUUGUAGCCUUCAAGUGUGGUCAACUGUUGGGAUUUAGCACUGGAGACACUGCUGUCUGUUGUCAUCUCAGGCUACUGUUACCGUGGCCUGCUCUGGACUGUCAUGGUGGCAGGUUCCAUGGAUUGCAGAGCCCCAACUGCAUUGAAAGGGCUAGCUGCAAUCUCUGGACCAGAAAUGUGACCACGAGGCAUCCAGACUUGUUAGAGUGCCUAAACUGACAUGGGGUAGAAUGCAUGGGGAGGAGUUACAUCUGAAUGUCUGUGGGCGAAAUGCUCAGAUGCCAGCCCCUCUCAAACAGGCAGCACCUGUGAAACACCUGGCCAGGAGCAGCCUUCAAUAAAGCUCUAGCAGCAAAGGUUA